AUGGCCCAGCCCCGAGGGACCGCAGAUCCGGAGCCCAAGGCCUCUCUCGCGCCAGCCGCGCAGAGCCUGCGGGGCGCCCCACAGCCCCGCCUCUCGAGAGUGGACACAGGUAGCCUGGGCAGGUACCGGGGCAAUGUCGCCGUCGCCGCCGCCCCCCGGGAGUGCCCCUCCCAAGGCUCGCUGAUGCUCUCGGGAGCGGGCUCAGGACGCCGGCGGGGAGCGCUGCGGGAGCUAUUGGGGCUGCAGGGGGCGGCUCCCGCCGGGAAGCUGUCGGAGGAGCGCGCGGAGGAGCCGUCCUCGGGAGGGCCCGGCGGACUCAAUGGGCAGGGAGGCGGCGGACUGUGCCUGGAGCCGCGGGAACACGCGUGGAUCCUGGCGGCCGCCGAGGGCCGCUUUGAAGUACUGCAGGAGCUGCUGGAAGCUGAGCCGGGACUGCUGCUGCGGUGCGAUCCGAUCUCGGGCUACACGGUGCUGCACUGGCUGGCCAAGCACGGACGCCACGAGGAGCUCAUUCUGUUGCAUGACUUCGCCCAGCGCCGGGGACUGCGGCUCGACGUGAGCGUCCCGGGCAGCGGCGGCCUCACGCCCCUCCACCUGGCCGCGCUGCAAGGCCACGACAUGGUCAUCAAGGUGCUGGUGGGUGCCCUGGGCGCCGACCCCACGCGCCGCGACCACAGCGGCCACCGAGCGUGCCACUACCUGCGGCCCGACGCGCCGCAGAGGCUGCGGGAGCUGUCGGGGGCCGAGGACUGCGAGGCGACGGGCGGCCACCAGCGGGGCAACGCCAACAAUAACAGCAGCGCCGCCGCUGCGUGGACGCUGAGACGGACCCCGAGCGCAGCGGGCGUGACGGCUGUGGGGACAAACAGGAGAGCGGCGGCGACGCGGACCAGGGAAAAGAACACCGUGGGCAGCCGGGUGGCGCAAAUUCAUGGCCUUUUCCGCCAUCUGUUCCCCUUCUUCCAGGACCGUUGAGGGCAAUGAAAACUGGAGAGCUCAGAGGUGACGCGAAGCUGCGGCGAGGACUCCGCCCUGGGUUCUCCAGGGUCGCACCCUAGCAGACAGCACGUCGGGGUCCGUAUCAGGUACCUGCCCCAGGUUCCUGCGGCCACCGGCCAGGAGGACCCGAGAAGUAGGGCACUCCCUAACCGAAAGAGAGCCAAGGGCCAAGCCGGCCGGGCCAGGCCCAAAGCUUCAGGACUAAGGAGUUAGGAGAGCGAGCGGGUCCUUCUUGGGAGAGGGAAAGUUAAGCUGCCAGCAGCCAUUUCUGGGCAGGCAGAAGCGCUGGAUUUAUUAGCAAGAAUGCAGCGGAGGAGGCCAUUAAAGGGUCCCCCUGUGAGGGCAGAGUCAGCCCCAGGCUACCUGCCCCUGAGGCUACCAGGCCUUACACCAUGCUACCUGUCCUUAUGUACCAAGGAUGAC